CGCUCGCGAUUUUCUGACCUUACCCCUUGUUGUUGUUCGCUGGCACUUGUGGGCACGAGACCACAUCCCCCUUUCAAUCCUGGCCUCUCGUUGUACAGUUCGUUCUACACAGUGUGCAACGUGCGGUUUGUGCUACACCGAGCGGCUCUCGCGGUUAUCAGUACUUACGUCCAGGUCUACUAAGCUGAGCUGCCGGAAUACUUAGCAACUCACUACUCUUCCUUUCUUUCUUUGACACUUCAUCUCGGUUCUGAUUAGCAGACAGACACGGUUGAUGGUGUUGACAUUCUAUUGAACUCGAUAUCUCCCAUACACUGAUAUACAGUAACGCAGCUUGUCAGAAUGGCGAACGAAUCCCUGAGAUAUAUACCCCUCACCUACGACCACGCCGAUUCACAAGCCUCCGCCCUCAGACUGGUACUCACCAUCAAACCGGAAUGGGAAGGUCCUGGCAACAAUAUUGAAUUCGUGCGAUUCACAGACGGAAUAACGAAUACUUUACUGAAAAUUGUCAAUCGGAAGCCCGGCUGGACCGAUGAACAAAUUGACAAUGAGGCCGUGCUCAUGCGCGCCUAUGGUAACCAUACCGAGAUACUCAUAGACCGUGAAAGGGAGACUAGAUCUCAUAGUUUGCUCGCCCAACACGGCCUCGCUCCUCCGUUGCUAGCCCGGUUCAAGAACGGGUUAUUGUACUGCUUCAUUCGCGGUCAUGUCACGUCCCCUUCGGAUCUCAUCAAUCCUUCGGUCUGGAGAGGCGUUGCCCGUCGACUUGGUCAAUGGCAUGCUGUUCUUCCCAUUGCAGGUUCGGCCGACGAUAGUCAGACACCUUCAUCUACACAUGAUGAGGACAAUCUGUACAAGUCAGAUGGAACGCCCAAAGCACCCACAGCAGGCACUAUAACUCCAAUUCGACCAAGACAAGCUGGACCCAAUCUGUGGACUGUUUUGCAGAAAUGGAUCCUUGCCCUUCCUGUUCAGACAGAGGAGCAGCGAGCACGCCAAAAAGCACUCCAGGUCGAAUUGGAGCGUACUCUACACGAAUUUGAUGAUGGAAGCGGCAUUGGUGCAAAUGGAUUGGUAUUUGCUCACUGCGAUUUACUGAGCGCCAAUGUCAUUGUAAUACCACACGCACAAGCGAACGGGGUUACCAACGGCCAUUCAGACUCUCAAGACGUCCAUUUCAUUGACUAUGAAUACGCCACGCCGUCACCCGCAGCAUUCGAUAUUGCCAACCACUUUGCCGAAUGGGGCGGCUAUGAUUGCGACUACAACAUGUUGCCCACUCGUUCCGUACGGAGGGAAUUCUUGACAGAAUACGUAAAGAGCUUCGCGCAGCACGGUGGUAAAGGCGUAGACCCCGAUCAGCAACAAAAAGUUGUCGAAAAGCUGUUUCAAGAUGUCGAUAGGUUUAGAGGAAUACCCGGGUUUUACUGGGGCGUAUGGGCUCUCAUCCAAGCAACCAUUUCCCAAAUCGAUUUCGACUAUGCUUCCUACGCCGAAGUACGUCUAGGCGAGUACUGGGCAUGGCGCCGUGAACAGGAUGGCAGCAAGUCUGCCGAAGCCGACGAAGAGAGCCCAUUACGAGAACGUAGAUGGGCGCAGGAAGCCUGAGGUACGGUUCUCGUCGAAGAUUAUACAAUGCACAGGUAGACUCUUUCUCUCUUUUUUGCUUCUCCAGAUACAUUCUAGCUGCAUGUUGUCGGGAUAAACAGUGGAAAGAAGGAUUAUUUGGUGGCGUGGUGAAAAUUCAGUUGUUUAUAAAUUGCUUUACCAAUAUUUAAUAAUCUUGCUUACAAGCUUAUACUUGAGUACUCCAUUAUUCCCAAUUUUAUUCUCAUGCAUAUGGAUAUAACUUUUACCCCUUACAUCCCCUUUGGAAAUCCGUUCGCACAUCGAUUUAGGUAUGCACAUACCUAAGUAGACCUGGUAGAUGACUACUUCCUCCCAAUAGCUCUCAACUUCUCCCCCCAGCACCAAAGCACAAAAGGAAUCGGAACCACAGUCACAACCCAUAUGAAAGCCAACAGACUAUUCCCCCAUCCAUAUCCCAACCCAUCAUACAACUGGGGAGCAAACAACGGGAAAGCGAAUCCCAUCAAAUUCCCCAACAGUCUGAUAGCAGCACCCGCUGAAGCUGUAUGAGUCGAGAACUCAUCAAACAGGUAUGCAAGCGCAGCUUGACUGCCUAGGAAAUUCCCAGCUACGAAUAUCGUUGCGCCUAUAUCGACCAUGAUCCAAGCAAUGUGUGCUUGAGCAGACCAUCCGAGCCAGAAGAGACCAAUAGGGAGGAUGAGGAUACCGACGACUAUCAAUGGGACGCGGAACUCUGGUGGUGGAGAGUCACGUAAAGGUGAAUUUUCGGGAAGACGGGCCAGAAGACGAGCGAAAAUGAUGUCCAUGAGAUGCCCGCCCGUCUGGGUUGAGAGGGUACUCCCCA